AUGGUCUUUUUAAAAUAUAUUGGUACACUCAUUUUUCUAUUAAUAAGUGUUUUUGUUCUUUUUCCAAAUAUAAAUACAAAAAUUUGUUGUGCAAAUUAUAUAAGAAAUAAUAAGUAUACCAUUAUAAGUAAAUUUUAUCCACAAGAGAAGAACAUUAACACGGUAAAGUAUAUCAAAUAUGUGCUUUUUGUAAACAAACCUUUUUUUUGUUUUAGCAAAAACGGUCGUUCUAAUAUAAAAAAUUGGAAUCCAUUAAAUAAGCUCCAAAACGUUGUGACAGUUGAAAUAGAGAACUCCUUUUUUUUAGGGGCUUUUUCUAACAACGCCAUCGGAGGUAAGAAGUCUAUUAAAGGGAACAGCGAAAUUGAGAAAAAUUUCGAAAGCGAUGGAAUGACUGCAGAGCGAUUAGGGGGUGAUGGAAUGACUGCAGAGCGAUUAGGGGGUGAUGGAAUGACUGCAGAGCGAUUAGAGGGAUAUGGGAUGACUGCAGAACGACUUGAUAGUGAUGACAUACCUGCCUUAGCAUUUGAAGGCGAGAGUGGAGGUAAAAUCUGUCGUGAUAGGAAUGAGAAACAGAACUAUGACGAGACAGAAAAGAGUAAAAACAAAAUGGAGGUACCAAAUAAAAGGGAAAAAAGAAUAAUGAAAAAGGACUUAUAUGGAAUACCAGAGGAAGAAUUAAGUAUCCGAAGAUUACCAAAUAGAAAGAUAAAAUCUAAAUAUAAAUUUUGUAAAAUAAAAAAAUAUAGAGAAACAAUAAAUAUAAAUUAUAGAAAAAAAAAAAUUUUAAGUAUUCAUGAAGGAAAGUUUAAAAACAAGAAAAUUUUUUCUCCUGACACUUAUACAAGACCAAUGAUGAGUAAGGUAAAAGAAUCAAUAUUUAGCAUUUUAUCUCACAUGAGCUUAUUUAGUUGUACUGAUAUAAACGUAAUUGAUAUAUUUAGUGGAAGUGGUAACUUAGGUAUUGAAUGUAUUUCUAGAGGCAUUCAAAACAUAACUUUUGUAGAUUUAUCUUUAAAUUCUUGUAGAACAAUUUAUGAAAAUUUAAAAUUAUGUAAUAUACAUCAUUUAGAUAAUAAAAUUAUUCGAUCUGAUGCAAUAGAAUUAUUAAAUAAUCCUUUUAAAUUUAAUAUAGAAGAGAAAUUUCACUUAGCAUUUUUUACUCCUCCCUAUGAACAAAUUGUAUACAGCAAACUUAUACACAGUAUUUCAGAAAGUGAAUUAUUUGAUAAUGACUGUCUUAUAUUUAUUGAAUAUCCAAAAGAAAUAGAAAUGUUACCACACAAGGUUUAUAAUUUAAUUGGUUUAAGAAAUAGAAAAUUUGGUAGGACCUACUUUGCUUUAUAUGUUCUGAACAGUACAGGUAAAUUUGAGACUUACGAAAGAAAAGACGAAUUUUAUCCUUUACACUACAAUCGUAAGCAGCGCAGGCAGGAGAAAUAUAUUUAA